AUGACCACCAUUCGAUGCAUUCUAGCUACAACAGUAAAGAAAGGAUGGGGACUCUACCAAUUAGAUGUCAAUAAUGCCUUUUUACAUGGCGAGCUAAAUGAGGAAGUGUACAUGAAGUUUCCACCUAGUAUUUUGCCUCCCUCUCCUAAUCAUGUCUGUGAAUUAAGGAAAUCUCUCUAUGGACUUCGUCAGGCUUCGAGACAAUGGUAUGCAAGACUCACCAGUGCUCUUAAUUUCAAAGGGUUCACUCAUUCUCUAAACGAUUAUUCCUUAUUUUUCAAAAAGACAGAAUCUUCUAUAUCUAUUGUGGCAGUAUAUGUGGACGACAUCUUACUAAAAGGAAACAACAAAGAAGAGUUACAUGCUUUAAAAGCUUUCCUCAACCAGGAAUUUAAAAUUAAGGAUCUUGGCAACUUACAUUUCUUCCUCGGCAUGGAAGUAGUUCGUGAACCACAAGGUCUGAUUCUUUCUCAGAGGAAAUUCACCUUGGAUCUUCUUCAGGAAUUUGAUGUUUUUAGUUCUUCACCUGUCUCCUCUCCUCUGGGCCCAACUGCCCAGUUGCUCGCUGAUUCUGGAGAGCCUUUACCUGAUCCUACUAUAUAUCGUCAUCUCCUUGGCAAGUUGAAUUAUCUCACACACACUCGACCCGAUUUGUCUUUCACCGUCCAUCAUCUCAGUCAAUAUAUGCAGGACCCGAGGAAACCACAUCUUGCUGCAGGACUUCGAGUCCUUUGUUAUCUCUUAAAGGACCCAGGUCUUGGACUUUUCAUGUCUUCUUCUUCUUCAUUUCAGCUCCUAGCUUUCUGCGAUUCUGAUUGGGGGACUUGUCCAGACUCGAGAAAAUCAGUCAGUGGGUUUUACAUCUCUCUUGGUUCUUCUCCCAUCUCUUGGAAAUAA